AUGCAUGUGAAAUAUAAUCAUCCAUUAACGACUGAUUCAUUAUUAUUAUUAUUAUAUGGAACGUGUUUUAUUCAUCUGUUUGUUUGUAUCGAUUUCGUUUAUCGAGCAGAUUAUCAAGAAACAAUGACAACAAACCUUAACGACCUGUUGGCACAAACAGGCAUUACGACAACGAAUAAGAAUGGUAUUAUAAGUCUCAACAAAUCGAAGGCUGAUGUUGAUAGCGAUGAGGAUGACGAAAAGCCAGCACCAUUCAAAAUGCCUCGUGCACCGCCUCAUGUCUAUUCAUGUUUUGUUGUCAAUCGUUCCAGUGAAGCAAUUGAUUGUGAUGUGUAUUACAACGGUCGACCCGAAGAAGAUACUUUCAAUGAAGUUGUUCACGUAAAAAUUCCAGCGAAAGAUGAAAAAUAUUUUCCCAGAAAAAUUUUUCAACCUGACCUACCUGAAUCUUACUGUCGAUGGGUGAAAAUCAUAACUAAAAUUCAUGUGAAAAGGGCAAAUGGCACCACUCUGGAAGUGAACUAUCCAUUCGAAAAUGUUCAUCAACCAAUUCGUAAUUGGGAAUUUCAUGUACGUGAAGAAGGAGAAAUCCUAUCGAAACCACCAACACGACCAGCCAAUAUUCUCAAAUACGAGAACUUAGAUGAAUACGAACGCUAA